UCUCUCUCAUAGUCUCCCAUCGUCUCUGGACCUUCCACCAGGCCUUGACCGUGUCGAAUGGCCUUAGUACUCUGCCGAGAGUCCUCUGCAGUAUUUCGACAUCCGGGUCUUGUCGGUCGAGCAUUUGCGCGCCCUGUCGUUUAUAGUCAUCAUCCAUGAUGGUCCCAUCAAGCAGCUAGUCCACUGUCCCGAUGCUCUCACGACUACUCUCGUUCCACCCGGGAUAUCUGAGUUUGAGGAUGCCAACGAGGCAUCUGAUCCAUCUUCUCUUGUCGAUGUGCUUCUGUGUGCCGCCGUUGUCCACCAAAACAACCUCACCGCUGUCAUCAACGAUCGGCAAGGCAGCACAUGGGCUGUGGUUUAUAUAUGUUUCAACUCGCCUAUGGGCGAGCACAGAACGAAGAGAGGAGCCAUCUCGGAACCACUCUCCCCAACUCCAAUCUGGGACUCGGUGGCGGGAGGUGUUCUUCCAGGGGCUCCAGUCGCUCCUGGACACAAUCGUGUCUGUCACUGCUCUUUUCCCACUCUUGUUUCCACUCGCACUCGCACUCGCAUUAAUCCUCUGUUUUGUUUUGUAAACGCGCCUUUAUCCGUUGCUUAGGUAUCGGAUAAACUAUGUCAAUUCCAU